UGGUGGCGGUUGGUUCGAGCCCGGGCGGUGCGGAAUGGCGGGCCCCGGCCUCAGCCGCUCCCCUCGGCGUCUGCAGCGGCGCUACCUGCGAGGGCCGGCGGGGGAUUGCCUUUCAGGAGCAUUACACACCAAAUAUAAGAGUGGAAGCUUCCUAGUAUACAAAGGUGACAUGGACAGCUCACUGGAAAAUACCACUAUUUCUUUAUCCAAAUGUUCUUUAGAGUCAGAAUUUGCUGAAAGUGGAAGAGAGAACAGCAUCAGAUCUUCUAGUGAUUUCCUGCAAAGUUUUGAAGACUGGGAUUGUUUUGGUGAUGAGCAAGAUUUUUUUUGUGAUUCAAGUGGUCUAGAAAUAGAAGAAAAGACCAUUAAUUGCUCUGAAACUGAUGCAGUUCAAAAUACAGCUAUAUAUGUGGAAACAGGCAGCAACUUACCAUCCCAUUUGGCUGCAAAUAUGCAAGAAAAUAGAGACCAAAAUAUUACCAAUGGUUUGGUAAGGAAAAUUGUGAGUGGAACUGACGCUCAAGCAUGCAAUAGUCAAGGCUUAAUACCACCUCACAUCAGUCAAAUUUAUGAUGAAUUAUUUGUUAUACAUCAGAAGCUCCAGAGAGAAAGUUCAGCACAGCAGGAGUAUGCUCUGCAAUUGCAGAAACGAGAGCAUUUGCUAACAGAACGAGAAGCAUUGCUUUUUAGACAUGAAGCAGCUUUGGCUAAAAUAAGAGGAGUUGAGGAAGAAGUUCACACAAAAUUUGGAAUUAUAAAAGAGCAACACGAGGCAGAAGUUAAACAGCUGACAGAAGCCUUGAGAGAAAUAACUAAAGAAAAUAGGAGGCUGAAGUCAUCAUUUGAUACCUUGAAGGAAAUGAAUGACUCUUUAAGAAAACAGUUAAGUGAUGUAACUGAGCUGAACAAGAAGUUGGAAGGUCAAGCAAGAAAAGUACAAGCUCGUUUAGAGAAUCUACAAAGGAAGCAUGAAUUUUUAAUGGUACGGAAGUCUAAGGAUAUAUGUCAAGUGGUGCAACAAAGUAAACCUGUCAAGCAGAAAAAAGUGAUGGUAACAUCAAAAAUUGCUAAGCUACCAUUGAAUUCACAAGUUUAUGAGCUCUUAACUCUUCUUAUGGAUUGGAUCUCAGACCAACACCUUAGCAAAAUAAAAAUACAAGAAGAAAGAGAGGACACUCAUAAAUUUAUGGCUACCCAGACCUCAAAAAAAUCCUGCACCCAGGAAAGGUGUAUGAAGCUUUUGCCUAUAGCUACUGAGCAACUCCAGUGGAUGCCAUUUGUGAAUCCUAAACUACACAUGUCUGUGAUUAAAUUUAUUUACUGGUCUAUAAGACAGCUAGACACUGGUAUUCAGCAUGCAACAAUGACAUCAACAAUGAGGAGACUUGGUGAAGAUAUUUUCAAAGGCAUAGUAAGUAAGGGAAACCCACAUAGUUCUGAACAGUCUACAGAGAGUAAAUCAAAAUCGGCAGCUUUCUUUAAGAGUUCCUGUAUGCCUUUGAGGUUUCUGUCAACUUUAAUUGUGCUUAAAACAGUGACACAAGUGGAUUACCUGGCUCAGGCGUUUGAUUCCCUUCGCAUAGACUUGAAGACGGAUGAAGGGAAGUCCUUAUUUUUGGAAUACCAAUGUGUGCCUGUCGUAUUAAGUCACUUAAAAGUAUCCAGUAGAGGUCUGCUUUCCAGUGCUCUUGAUGGAUUACUUCAGAUGACCACAGAAUCUGGUUCCUUACAGCCUUUCCUGGAAGCCUGCAGUAACGAAUCCUUCUUCCGUGCUUGUUCUAUAUUGCUUCGAAGUUCUAAGCUAGAUGUUCAGAUUUUGGAAAAGCUCUGUGUUAUACUGCAAAAACUCUCCAGAAUAAAAAGCAAUAAGAAGAUGUUUGAAUUGUUUACUCUUCACCAAAUGAUCCAAGAACUGCAUAGGACUACAAAUCCAGAUCAUGCUUUCCUCUGUAUAAACCUCAAUUCAAUUCUGUUGAAUUUGGGAUUGUCAAGGAGUACCUCUCUUACCUCGAGUCUAAGCACAAAAGGGAAAUAAUGCUGCUGUUCUGAAUGACUCAUGCAAUCUAAGGAAUUGGAUCCCUUGAGUAAGCAGAUCAGAAAUACCAACCUUUCCUUAUAGGUAUGAAUCUUAGUUACCUUUGACUCUUCAGAGAGUUUUACAAAUUCAUUUAUUUAUUUUAUGGUUGAUAAGUAUCAGACAGGUGUCUUACUAAAUUAUCUUUUGAGAUAAUUACAACUGUAAUGAUUAAAACCAGAUUUUGAUUUAACAUAACUAGAUGUGUUGAAUGAGUAAUUUUGUUGUUGUUUUGAUUUCAGAAUGUCUUAGUGUUGUUUGAUCUUUUCCUGUAUAUAUGUAACAUUUAGUAUUUUAUCCUGCUUUGUAUGAAUUUCUUUUGUAACUUUGGGUUGUAAUGUCUCUGCAAAUGUGAAAAACUCCAUUUCUCAAAAUGCCUGGCAAUAGUAAUCCCUAAUGUAAAAUUAUUAUAUUUUAUUCUUUCUGCUAUAUUUUGUAUUAAUUUGCAAUACAAUCUUCAUAGUACCCACAUUUCUGAGUGUGAUGAAUGCAUUUUUUUGUCUGCCACAGUUCAGUGUUCAGAAGUUCCUACACAUAGGAAAUAGGAUCCUUUUUAAAAAUUCAACUUAGUCUUCCAUUUCUGAUUUGUACUGUAAUUACUGAAAAUCUUUAAUUGUAAAAUUGAAACUGUAGUUAAAAUUUAAAGAUCUGCUGUAUGUUAGUCUGACUGAUGCUGGCAGUCAGUAUAAAACUUCAGAGCGGUUUACUUCUCAUUUUCAUACAUUUUUUUUUCUUGGUUUCCCUUUGUAUUUUUUACCAGAAGUCUUUGAAGUUGAAUUCUAACUGCAAAUAUUUUUCUAGCAAUUUGUCUUACACUUCUGACAAGCUUUCCUAUGAAAGGAGUCCACCAGAUUUGGCAUAUCCAGAAGUAUGUCCAGAAGAGACAGCAAGCAGUGCGUACUCUUUGGGCAGGAAACCAAUUCUAGGUAAUUUUUAAAUAACACUAAUCAUAGCUAAAAGCUUUUGCUGACAAUGGAUUAUGUUUUGGAAUAAGUAUUUCAUCAGUAGUUUCGGUUUUCUGUCAGAUUUACCAGCAGUGCAAAAGCUUUGCAUAUACUUUUGACUGGAGACAAAAUCCUCUUAUUUAGGAAGUGUGUUCCCAGUCCUUAUGUGCUUCUCCAUCUGCUUAGUCAUUAAAAAUACUAGAAAAUUAAUAACCAAAAAAAGCUAUGGAAAGUUGUUAGGUUUCCUAUAUCCACAGGAACGUUGAUUGUGCUCUUGGCUUUCAGCCUUCAUCACUGUUGUUUCUUAAUCUACUAAUUUUCCUUGUGGUACCCAUUUAACACAAUGUGUUCAUCUAAUAAUGGCAAAGGUAAUGCGGUAAAAGAGGUGCAUAGAGUGUGGUGUAGCUUUUACUAUUGGUCCCUUGUGUUUUAUGUGCAGUAGUGUUUACACUCUGAAAAGAUGAAUCACUGUUAAUUUCAAGUUUUUAUGAUCUAGAAUGUUUUUGUUAAAAUGCAAAAAAAAGAGGGGGUUUUAAUUUGUUAAAUAUUUAUGCAAUUAAAUUGAUGAUCAACUAAGGAUGAGACUAAUGAUUUUGAUCUUAAGUAAAUUUUAACUGAGCUGUGAAAAAAAUACAAGUUCUUGAUUUCACAUUCAUAUUACAGUAAACAUAAGACGUAUCAGAAAUAAAGAAAUAAGUGAUUUAUGCAAAUGAAUAUGAAGUGUCUUGCGAAGGAUAGAUACUUCUAUAAAUAAAAAAGCUAUAGUAAAGUUCCAAAA